CAAAGUUGUGGUGCUAGGUGGGAAGCCGCGCGCUGUAGCGCGGCGGGACCGAGGGGCUCCGGGAGAGGCCCCGGGUCUGGGGUGAGCCGGCUGCGGGCUGAGCGCCGCCAGCUGGGGUGCAGAGUGUGUGCUGGGUGGCAAGGGGUGCUUGAAGUUCGUCCUCUUUAUUCUGUGAACUCUGACUCCAGGUACAUAAAGUUCUUCGCACCGAGUUUUCUCGUCUGCGUUUUGAAAAUAGUACUUCUCGUCCGAACUGUAGUACGUACGGAUCGGGUGGAUCAAACGAUGUGAUAUUUCUAAAAACGCUAAAGCAUAUAGAAUGGAAUGUCAACUCCAUAAGAGCGAGGAUUCUCAGCUGUACCGUGCCUGGUUCAGAAAGAUGUUCCUAAACAUUUGUUGAUGAUGAAUGCGUACUGGGAGUUAAUAAAGACUCUCAAGCCAUCCCCUUCUAAACGUGCUAGGCGUUUUCCUAAUUUUUAAAAAAUGGAACCUUGUUCCUGUGAUACUUUUGUGGCAUUACCUCCAGCAACGGUUGAUAACAGGAUUAUUUUUGGAAAAAAUUCAGAUAGAUUGUGUGAUGAAGUACAGGAGGUAGUUUAUUUUCCUGCUGCAGUUCAUGAGAACCUGAGAGAACAUCUUCAGUGUACUUACAUAGAAAUCGAUCAAGUUCCUGAAACAUAUGCUGUUGUCCUCAGUCGCCCAGCUUGGUUAUGGGGCGCAGAAAUGGGAGCCAACGAGCAUGGAGUUUGCAUUGGGAAUGAAGCUGUAUGGGGAAGAGAAGAAGUGUGUGAUGAAGAGGCGCUACUGGGCAUGGAUCUUGUCAGACUUGGCCUUGAAAGAGCUGAUACAGCUGAAAAAGCCCUCAAUGUCAUUGUUGAUCUAUUAGAAAAAUAUGGCCAGGGUGGAAAUUGUUCAGAGGGUAGGAUGGUAUUCAGCUAUCACAAUAGUUUCCUGAUAGCUGAUAGGAAAGAAGCCUGGAUUCUGGAGACUGCAGGGAAGUACUGGGCAGCAGAAAAAGUACAAGAGGGAGUUCGUAAUAUUUCUAAUCAGCUUUCUAUAACAACCAAGAUUGAUCGGGAACAUCCAGACCUGAGAAACUAUGCUAAGCAGAAAGGUUGGUGGGAUGGUAAAACAGAGUUUGAUUUUGCUGCAACAUACUCUUAUCUUGACACAGCCAAGAUGAUGCUUUCACCAGGCAGAUACUGUGAAGGCUACAAGCUUCUGAAUAAGCACAAAGGAAAUAUAACUUUUGAAACAAUGAUGGAAAUUCUCCGAGAUAAACCAAGUGGCAUUAAUAUGGAGGGAGAAUUCCUGACCACUGCAAGCAUGGUUUCUAUUUUACCUCAAGACUCCAACCUUCCUUGCAUUCACUUCUUUACAGGGACUCCUGAUCCUGAGAGAUCUGUUUUUAAGCCUUUCAUAUUUGUGCCAAAUGUUUCACAACUAUUGGAUACCAGCUCACCAACAUUUGAUCUUGAAGACCCAGUUAAAAAGAAACCACGUUUUCAGUUUAAGCCUGACAGAAGACACCCACUCUAUCAAGAACAUCAACAGGCAUUGGAAGUAAUAGACAAAAAGGAGGAAAAGGCCAAAACUAUGUUGGACAACAUGAGGAAACUGGAGAAAGAACUAUUCAAAGAAAUGGAAUCAAUUCUUCAAAACAAGCAUCUUGAUGUUGAUAAAAUUGUUAAUCUCUUUCCCCAGUGUGCAAAAGAUGAAAUUAGAAUUUAUAAGUCAAACAUUAGUUCUUAGUGUCAUAUAAAUGGUCAACAAUCUUCCUCAAAGUCAGAAUCUAUCACCUUGGUAAAUGAUAUAACCUAGUUUGAGUAGAUCUGAUUUUUCUUUAAUAGCAUUUACCUAAUGGCCUAUUAAAACUACACAUAGUCUUGCUGAAAUAUUGAGAAAGAAAAUAACAUUAGAAUUAGGCACAUAUAUCAUGGAAUAGCCAGGAGUUAUUUCAGGUAUUUGUGUGUGUGUGUGUGUGUGUGUGUGUGUGUGUAUGUGUGUGUGUAUGUGUAUGUGGUUUUUUUCCAGCCAUAAUACCUUUUUAAAAAUUACAAUAAUUAAAUAUUCAAUUCUGCAUAAAGUAUGAAAUAUUAAAAUAAUGAAUAGGUUUAUAUUUAGUAUAUUUAUGUAUUGUCCUCAAAUAAUUUUCUCAAUUACAGCAAGAAAAUAGAUUUUUCUUUAGUAAUGGAAAAUAUUGUUUCUCAAGUAAUGAGUUUUUUCUCAUUAGGCAAAUAUUAAUCAUCUCUAACAAAAUUUUCUAGAUUUAUACAUUGUCUUACUACAGUGUAUUAAUCCUGCAAAUGUGCUUUCAUUAGACACAAACAUGCUUUUUGUCAAGACUUGGCAUCAGUGAGCUUUUAGCUCUAAUUAUCAAGCACUUUUUCAGCCACGCACCCUUAUAGGCUUUUACGGUAAUGUUUUUAGAAGAGCUUGUCUGGGGGAUUAGGAAAUGGGAUAAGGGAACCAAGACCUCAGGAGAUACUGUUUCUGUGUCUUGAAUCUUUCUCAAAUUUUGUUUCUCUUCACUCAGUGAAAACAGCAACAGGAAUGAGAUAGUGGCAACGAAAUAGAAUUAUUAGUGUACUAUAAGCAUGAAGAACAUUAUAGUGCAUAAUGUAUUAUGAACAUUAUUAAUAAGUAAUAUUUACCCAAAGUUUAUAAAACUUUGUUAAAGUUACAUAGAGAUUACCAAGUAAGACUCAAAGUUGCAACUAUAAAACAAAAGAAGAAUCCAACUCAACAUUAUUUAUUGGUUUCUAGAAAUAUCUAUUUUAGGUUUUUUAUUAUAUUAUCGUAUUUAUUGGUUGCUAUCAUUGUAAUUAGGAUUAUUACUAAAGUAGCGGAUGAUUAAAGAAAAUUUCUUUUUUUAAGUUCUCUCAUAAAAGCCAUAAUCUGCUUAGGGGCGCCUGGGUGGCUCAGUUGGUUGAGUGUUCGACUUCGAUUUAGGUCAUGAUCUCGUGGUUUGUGGGUUCGAGCCCCACCUUGGGCUCUGUGCCGACAGCUCAGAGCCUGGAGCCUGCUUUGGAUUUUGUGUCUCCUUCUCUAUCUCCCUCUUCCCUGUUCGCGCUCUGUCUCUCUCUGUCUCUCAAAAAUAAAUAAAUGUAAAAAAAAAAUGUAAAAA